ACCUCGGCUUUGAAUCUCAGUCUGACAGGGUUAAGGAGCGGCAGUAGUAGAAGUCAUAAAAUAUGAUCCCCUGGCUUUUAUUGCUGCUUUCCUGCUGUUGCUUUAAUGGAGCUGCCAAAGGAAUCAGUCAACUGGAGAGGAUUGACAGAUGUCAGACCAAGUGUUAUCAGGGACUUGGCUGCAAGACCAGUCGAGAGUAUUGGUUUGCUGAUGUGUGUCAGGACCCCACCAAGCGUCUCAACAGCGCUACCCUGCUCCACAAUGCUAGCAUCUCCACGGUCAUGAGGUGUGAGCAGAAGCAAAAGUGCGGGCUCUACCUGAGAAUCCGGACAGUUGUGCAACUUAUGGAUAAAGACUCCAUCCAUGGCAUUUCCAUUUGCACCAACAGUGCAGGGAUGAUGACAAACUGCCAAACCAUACAGUUCACCAAGGCUUCAAGAAGAUCAAUGCUUGGAAUGCCGGUGACAGUUGAGAAUGAUUACACCGAAGUGUCUCCAAACCAGCAACUUGAAGUAACAGUGAAAACAGUUCCUAGCUAUUGUGGCAUAACGUGGUCCAGCAAGUACCAUACCCCUGAGUGCUCUAAUGAAGAUUUGAGGAAAAAUGUCCCAGAAUGUAUCACUGGGACUCUUUCUUACGUUUUAAGCCCAGAAAAGAAGGAGCUGACAAUAAGCGUGACGGACAUGCUUGCAGAUCACGACUACAAUCUCCGUCUCUGCCACAAGGACUUCAUCUGCAUUGGCACGGGAGUCUACACUCAGGUAAAAAAGGAAAACCCCCUUAAGACUGCAGUCCUUCCGUAUUCCAGACCUCUGCCUUGCCUUUGUAUCGAGGGUUGGUCAGCUGUAGUGGAUGCUCCUAGAGUCCAGGUCUGCCCAUUCAAAGACCGUCUAGAGGAAUUGUGGUUUGGGAUCACCUUUGAUCCUCAAGAGGAAGCUUUGAUAUGGGAACCACCGUGUCCCGUCAAAGUUGUGGUGUGUUUAUGUGAGAAUAAAGAGGAUGACGUCUGUGUUGAUCUACCUGAUUCAUCACAGAGUGUCAGCCGAGACAAGGUCAGAUUUGCAAAGGUUGAUCCUCACCCCAAACUCUGCAUGAAGUUUACAGUCGGGUCGCAGUCCUGGAUCCAGUGCCCCUUUGCUGAUGGGAUUAGAGUCUGGGAAGUGACUGUUUCAACCCAACAUGGACAUGAAGAAAUGCAGAUCCUGUCAAGAGUUAAGGCAAAAUUUUCCGUGGAUCUGGGAAGUGACUGUUUCAACCCAACAUGGACAUGA